AUGCUUUCUGGAACCAUCUACACUGCGACUCGUCCCCUUUCACCCCUCCUGGAGAGCUGGAAAUCGACCGUCCUAGACACCACGACAGCAUCCACGGCUGGCGAAAUGGACAACUCACACGUCCCCAUGGAGUGCUUUCAAUCAUUGACGUUGCGAGAGCUAUGGAACGUGAAGUCGGCUGUCUUGAACUACUACGGCCAGUUCCAGCUGUCACUACUCUACCAGUCGGGAAUUCUAAGCCUUCCGAGUACAGCCAAAAACCUUGUUCUUUUUGAGGACUUCAACGAGGAUUACAGCCGGAUUAUUACGACCGAUCCGGAGACAGCCGACUGGUCGUACCGCCCGGGACUGCAUCGGACGCCGUCCCCAUUAGUCGCCGAUGUUUUAGUCUCACUGGUCCAGAUCGAGAAGCUUGCCGCAUCGUAUCUGGUCGACGCGUACGACUUUUUCCUCUGCGCCGGCCAUCGCACGUCGUUUUGGUGGAGGCUAUCGUCCCUCUACCUGACCUCGCCACAUCUGGUGCCGGAGACGGACCGUCGCUGCAUCGACUUCAUCCUAACGCUUGCAGGGUGCGUCGCGGAACGCAUGCCCGUGCUGGACACGAUGGUGAUCUGGUACGGGGCGAAGGGGGUCGCGAGCGAGUUCCGCUACGAGGUGACGGCGAAGGGGAGACAUGCUUCCGUGCGGUGGCGUGGGACGUUUGACCAUCCGCUCGCGACGGACACGCUGAAGGCAUGGCAAAGGGUCGCGCGGUUGCGCGGCGCGGAGUUGACGGAGAAGGAGAGCGUAUUGCUGAAGGCGGGCGAGGUUUAUUCACAUGGUGCGGCGAUCGCGGAGCUGGGGCUCGGAGGGCAUGUAAUCCAUCCGGUAUCGUUGGAGCAGAUAUGCGGUGAAACCAGUCGUUAUUGGUUCAAGUAG